CAGCAGCUUCAGUCUAGAGCGAAAUCUCAAUAAGUCGCCAGCAAAUCGGUUCUCUGAGCAGUGAAUCUCUCUCUUCAAUAUGGCAAAUCCUAACGCACUUCCCAAGUACACUAAAAUCUUUAUCAACAAUGAGUUUGUUGAUGCCGCCUCUGGCAAGACCUUUGCCACAUCCAAUCCAGCAACGGGCAAAGAGAUCAUUCAAGUUGCCGAGGGCGAUAAGGCUGAUGUGGAUCUGGCUGUAGCUGCUGCCAAGAAGGCCUUCCAUCGUGAUUCCGCCUGGCGUAAAAUGAGUCCACUGCAACGCACCAACUUGAUGCACAAGCUCUGCUCUCUCAUGGAGCGCGAUAAGGAAUUCCUGGCCAGCAUCGAGACCCAGGACAAUGGCAAACCCUAUGCGGAGGCACUCUUUGACGUGACCAUCUCGAUCAUGACGCUGCAAUACUAUGCCGGCUGGACCGACAAGUUCUUUGGCGACACAAUUCCAGCCGGUGGCUUCGUUGCGAUGACGCGCAAGGAACCCAUUGGUGUGGUGGGUCAAAUCAUUCCCUGGAACUAUCCACUCUUGAUGUUGGCCUGGAAGUGGGGACCCGCUCUUGCCGUUGGCUGCACCAUUGUGAUGAAGCCAGCGGAGCAAACGCCGCUUACUGCGCUCCACAUGGCUGCCCUAGCCAAGGAAGCUGGCUUCCCUGCGGGUGUCAUCAAUGUGAUCAAUGGUUUUGGACCAACGGCUGGUGCGGCCAUCAGUGAGCAUCCCCAGAUCGCCAAGGUGGCAUUCACGGGCUCUGUGGACAUUGGACGCAUUGUCAUGCAGGCAGCAGCCACAACUAAUUUGAAACGCGUCUCCCUCGAGCUGGGCGGCAAGAGUCCUGUGGUGGUCUUCGAGGAUGCCGAUAUUGACUACGCUGUGGAUACCGCACACGAAGCUUUGUUCUCCAAUCAUGGCCAGAGCUGUUGUGCCGGCAGUCGCACCUAUGUUCAUGAGAAGAUAUACGACAAGUUUGUGGAGAAAGCCGCUGCCAAGGCAAAGGCACGCAAGGUGGGCAAUCCCUUCGAGGAGAAUGUGCUGCAGGGACCACAGAUCGAUGAUGAGAUGAUGACCAAGGUGCUGGGCUACAUUGAGAGCGGACAGAAGCAGGGCGCCAAGCUGCAGGCAGGUGGCAAGCGCAUUGGCAAUGUGGGUUACUUCAUUGAGCCCACAGUCUUCUCGGAUGUUAAGGAUGACAUGCGCAUUGCUCAGGAGGAGAUCUUUGGCCCCGUUCAGUCCAUCUUCAAAUUCAGCUGCAUCGACGAGAUGAUUGAACGUGCCAACAAUGUGAACUUUGGCCUCGCUGCCGGCAUCAUCACCAAUGACAUCAACAAGGCCAUGAAGUUUGCCAACAGCGUCGAUGCUGGUUCUGUGUGGAUCAACUGCUACGAUGCCGUCCUGCCCCAGACGCCAUUCGGUGGCUACAAGCACUCGGGCAUUGGUCGUGAACUGGGCAAGGAUGGCCUCGAUAAUUAUUUGGAGACCAAGACCAUUACAAUGAAAUUGCUGUAAGCAGCAACUGCGAAUAUUUAAACUUUAUGUGCACCUUUCGGUUUUAUGGUUAGAUUAUUGCAUUUCAAUUAAAAACUAUACAUCAAACACUAUAAAU